CCACCAUGAAUACUACCAUAGUGCAAAUUUUUAAGAAGCAAGAGGACCAGCUCUUUUCAAAUGCCAAAAAUUCAUGCCCGCAUGUUUUUGAGGCCGCUUUGUCCCACAUAGAGCGGCCGAAGCAUUUGAAGGAGCUGAACGAUGGAUGCAUCAACUUGCUGUCUAACUUGACACUUUUUGAUGGCCACGCAUUCUACUUGCAAAUGGAUGAAUUGCAUGUAAGCGACCUUGGGGAAGCAGGCCAAUUGCAGUAUUGGAAGCUUUUUGUGAUGUCAGCACAAUCAGCCGAUGGCGAUUUUAAUCGCUUUUUGUAUGUUGUCGUAAAGCCCACAUCCGUCGGAUUGGUGAUGGGGAGGAAGACCAUGAAGGCCGCUAUUUUAAAAGUGCUGGAUGCAAUCCAUGCCUUUAAAAUGAACAACCUGUUGUUGGGCGUUAUUUCCGAUGGCAACGAUGCUAAUCAACAUGCCCUACACACUGCCGUUGAUAGAGGCUUUCCGGUGGUCUGGGAUCAGGAUCAUUUGAUAAGAAUUUUGAAAAAAUAUAAUCACGUUGACAUCGAACUGGGAUACUGGUAUUUUUAUCACCAGUUCUCCCAGCUCGAUGUCGAAAAUGACUUUUCAAUGUUAGUAUCUCAUGGUCCAGAAAAUAUAAUAGUCUCCCUCGCUUUGAUCCACGAUGCAUCUGAUGUUUGAUUUAAGUGCUGGUUGAA